AUGUCGCUUAAAACCAACGAAACAGAAACGUCAUCGGCGGCAUCAAACUUUUUCCCAGCAGUGGAAAAAAUUUCAACCAAACUUCCAUCGUUUUGGGAAGAAGUGCCAGAAGUCUGGUUUGUACAAGCAGAGGCUGAGUUUGAGAUAUCACGAGUAACGCAGGAACGCACGCGCUACUCGUACCUUAUAAGCGCGCUACCGAAAGAGACCUUGGCGAAGGUGCUGGACAUAAUCAAAGCACCGCACCCGGAACAGCCGUACACCCACCUGAAAGAGCAAAUCCUUGCUCGCCUUUCAUCGAGCGAAGAAACCAGGCUGUCGAAACUGCUGUACCACGUUGAGAUCGGCGACAGAACGCCUUCCGAUUUCUUUCGGCACAUGGUGCAACUAGCGGGAGACUCGACCGACCUGUCAGUGAACCUAAUCCAGAAACUGUGGAAGUCGAGACUGCCGAAACAAAUUGAGAUAGCGCUGAUCGCAGUGGACACCAAGGAGCACGCCGAACAGCUGAAGAUCGCGGACCGCCUAUGGGAGUGCACGCAAAGCAACGGCAUCGCACAGGUGGAGCAGAACAACAACAGCGAGCUAAGUGAAAUGCGACGGGAAAUCGGCGAACUGCGCGAGAUGCUGAAAGGGCUGAACACACGCGGAAGAAGCAACUCACGGUCGCGAGGCGAGUUCCAGGGAGAUCGAUCGCCAAGCAGAUCAGGGUCGAGACAGCGUCAAUAUGCAACGUGCUGGUAUCAUUACCGCUUCGGGAAAAACGCCAAAAAAUGUAUCCAGCCGUGCAACUUUACAACCGAUGACGACCAAAAAAACUAA